AUGGGACGACAGACGAGGGGGCGCCCCAUUGGGCCAGUGCCGUGUCAGGCAAACAGGGUGGCAGGUGGAGUGCAAGCCGGAGGGGACCAGCAACAGCAGCCGCCACCGCCGCCGCCGCCGCCGCAGCAGCAGCAGCAGCAGCAGCAGCAGCAGCAGCAGCAGCAGCAGCAGCAGCAGCAGCAGCAGCAGCAGCAGCAGCAGCUGCAGCAGCAGCAGCAGCAACAGCAGCAGCAGCAGCAGCAGCUGCUGCAAAGGAAUCAGCAGCAACAGCAGCCACAGUUGAAAUUAUCAAGUGGCUGCAACGCCGUGAACGACCCCGUUGAGUAG